AUGGUUAAUUCUGGGAGAGUGGUCAGCUUCUCUAGGGAAAACAUCCAGUGUCGCUCCCCACAUUAUUUCUGCUUGGGUAUUAAGGAUGGGCGGCUCGAGUUUUAUACGUCUCUCCCGGAGUUCGACGGUUCAGUAUUCACUUCUGAAUUCGGCAAUUAUCUCGCACAAACUAUAGGAGUCAACGUUACCCAUUCGCCCCUCUUCGCCGGGGACUUGGACUAUAAAGGAAUACAGCCUCCAACGGGAAAAGACUCGCCUCCUGGCUCAAAGAGGCGCCGCAAUGACUAUACCAAGUUCGAAGAGUUAGAGAGUGUGGAGAUGAUACCCCUUGAAAUAGGGAAUAGGGGGAUGGUUGAGGCCUACUACGAGUCUGCAUUCACGGCCUUCCAGCAGAUUAACUGUAGCCAGAUAGCCAAGGCGUAUAUCAAGGUUAUCGAACCAUACAAGCAAGUCAAGCAUCCUUAUAACGGAGGACGAGGGGCUCGUGGAGAGAAGGGAGACCCAGAGGAAACGAAACCAGACUGGUGGCCAGCAGGUGUUACCCACCGAGACCCAGAUCACUUGAAGAAGCCAGAACGGAUACGCCUUCUUAUCCAUAUCUUCCGCAAGCUUGGACAGACAUAUGGUAUCACUACUAAUAUGCUAGAAGAAGCUGGGCGUAAUACAAAGAGCCAGAUAAAACCCUAUGAGAAACUCGAUAUCCUAGAUGAGAUUUACAAGUUUAUACAAGAGACAGAGGCCCAAAUAAAGACCCGCAAGCGACAGAUAACGCUGACUUGGAAAGGCCAAUCGAAGCCCAGAAUACAAGGCAUCGAAUGCCAUUACUAUCGCCUAGCCAUGUACCAUGCGACCAAGCUGGACAAACACAAGAUAUGGGAGAGCAAGGGGCCCCUCAAUUACCGUCGUAUAGUUGCGUUGAAGGACAACCCAAUUAUAUUCCAGGGCCCCUACCCUACACGUACCCCGGGUCCUAUACCCCAAGGCAAGACUUUGACAACGGUUACUUCGAGCACCAUACUGGAGGAAUUUAUUCAAGCCCGCCGGGCGUUAUGGACCCACUGCAAGUCUCUUAUCUAUAAUAUGCGCCGCAAGUCUAUAUAUAAUGCAAAUCCAGAUAUUCCCAUUGCAGAAUGCAAUAUUGUCCAAACUAUGUAUAGUCUGGAUCCCACGCUAUGCUUUUUUUAUCGGCUACUCCCUGAUUACAGUACGCAAUCACUCGGCGACAACUUUACUGGGAAAGUCACUAUUGAAUGGAUGUUCCUGGGCAAUAUACAACUAGAGAAUUUACCUAUGGAGACGGUGUUCUCGUAUAUCGACGGAGUGCCAGACAAGCUGCCAUGGGAAAAGGUGGUUCCUAUACAUGAUAUACUCAAGGUGUUAACGCCAGGGUCUGCUACCGUCAUUCGGUUUCCAGCGACACUUACUAUAAGAGACCUGUAUCCAGCAAGCGGACCCAAGGUGACUGCUCCAUGGAAGCGGCUAGCACUGCUUGACCAAAUUCCCAGAGGUAUAGACGCGCUAUUCUUUAAUGUGAUGUCAGACUCGAAUUGGAAUGUUCCGGCACAAGAUAUCUUACAGAUCGCGAAGAAGUGGACGCCCCAACUGGAAGACCUCGAUAAAAAGGAGGAUAUCCUUGUUGUAUUCUUGAAAAUAUGUACCAAGGCAUUCUAG